UCGUGAGAACACAGGGCCCUAACAACUGGGCUCGUAUUUCCCACCACAUGCGACACCGGUCUCCCAAGCAGUGCAGAGAACGGUAUCACCAAAAUCUUAAGCCGAGCCUCAACCAUGAACCCAUCUCGCCACAGGAAGGAGAGCUCAUCGAGCAGCUUGUGGGAGAGGGGGGAAAGCGUUGGGUUGAGAUUGCUCGGCCACUUGGGAAUCGAAAGCGCGAUGGCGUAAAGAAUUGGUGGAAUAGCAGCAUGAAUCGAAAGACCACUUCGGUUCAGCAAGGUAGCGGCACCAAAUCCGUGGGAUAUCGAGAGGAGCCUGCGGCAGCCAUACAAUCAGAGUCCACCUUCUACUCUGAGGGGGAAGAAUCUUUCGUUCUGGACCCAUCGUCACCACCGGAAGUUAAUUUCGAGCACGAUAACAAUCUGGACAAGGCAAUGGCGGAGAUUGUGCAGGGGCUUGUAAAGGACUUCCUGCUGCUUUUGAAAGCCCUUGCUACUGAUUCUCCAGAGCAUUCGCAGCAUCCAUCCACAUCCUCUGGUACUGCUUCCCAUAGACUCACGAGCCCUACGUCUACAAGUGGCACAACAUCUCUGACGAGUAUUUCACAAGUCAAUGGAUCCCGCCGCAGUGACGACGAUGAUAUCGGAGAUGAGCACAGACAACACAAGAGGCCUCGAUUCGUCGAAGUUGAGCCGGACCCCCCGUCGUCAAAAAAACUCCUAGCAUGUCCGUACGCGAAGCACGACCCCGAAAGGUAUUCCGAGAGGAACACAAACCGAAGUGAGACGGCUUAUCAUAAAUGCGCCAGCAAAAUUCUCACCGAUAUUCCUCGGUUGAAGCAACAUCUUUAUCGCGUUCACAAGCGGCCUGAGUAUACCUGCUCUUCGUGCUUUGCGUGUUUCGAGAACGCGCAAAGCCGGACCAGUCACGAACGGACGAGAUCGUGUGGAAUCUUGGAAUGCCCCUUUGAAGAAAAGAUGAAUCCAGACCAAUACAGAGCGGUCAAGCGAAGGCAGGUGGGCCAAGACUGCGUCGCAUCUUGGUUCGCAAUCUUCGCAAUUCUGUUUCCCGGUGCUCCUUUGCCCGACAACCCCUACGUCGAAUGUACCGAGACUUUGAUGAUAGGCCGAAUUAACAUGAAGCGCCUCGAAGACUCGCUGAGACGAUGGGAGUACACAUUUUCGGUGUCGGUAACCAAGGGGAGCACCAAUGGUGGUUAA